AUGUCUCGAUGGAGCGAACUUUCAUUUGGAAGUGGUUGCGGCUUUCAAAAUCGCAUUUCUCCGCUGCCACUGCCGCUGCUGUCGAUGGCGAUGUCGCGGUGGUGGCAGCCGCGUGUUUCUGCCGUUCUCUUUCUUCCCUGCGCGUGCUGGCGUACUGCACGACGGCCGCAAGCUUCUCAUCAUCACCAGGUGAUACAACGCUUCCCUCUCCCAUCGGCGCGUCCUGCCGUGUGGGAUGCAGCGCAACAACGACGAGGCGUCCACGUGGGAGGUAGCGCGACCGUACUCCGAGGACGACGGUAUGCCGCCUGCCGCAAAGGAAUGUAUCUCACAGCUGCCCCAUCUGUGUUUCUCUAUACAACGCAGGCGCACUCUCAGAAGGAAGACGAUGAGGACGGUGUGCGCGUGACGGUGACCAGCACGACGCUGUUUGCCGAGCUGAGACGUCUGUUCCCAUGGAGUGCGCCGUACAACGCAUGGCGGCAGAACCGCACUUCCCAACCGUCCUCGACGGCAACAACAAGCGGAACAGAGUCAGAAACGCACAGAAGUGUCCUCAGCAGCGUCCACACAGGCGGCUACGACUGGCGCCGCCUCUUCCUGGUGCGGUGCACGCCGCCUUCUCCAGAGAACUGCCGCGGCGCAGCGCCCGCCCUUUCUUCUUUGCGUGCAGCUAGCGGUGCGGCGCAGCGCACACGUGAUUCAGCAACAGCCGAAGCGCGGUACGGCACACGCACGUACGAUAGCGAAUGCCUUUCUCGCCGUACCCCACAAUUCGACCUCACCGACGAAGGACGCGCCGUUCUACUGUGGAGGCGGUGUGCCGCGCCGAUGACGCCCUGUUCAGACGACGCCGGGGAGGGGGGAGGGUGGGGAACUUCAGGAGUGUUUUGCUGGCCAGAGCCCGCCACGUAUGUGCUCUACUACGCGCCGUUUACUCCUGCCGCUGCUGCGAACUCAUGUGAGGUCCCCGGUUCUUGUGGAAGAGCUCCUCGAGGUUCAAGCGGCGGAAAAAGAAAGCCGCGAAAGAGGAUUUCUUCAGCUGUGAAGGGCGACGGCGAUGACGAAGCAGUCGGCGUUGGCUUGUGCGGCGCCGAGAGGGCGGAGGUGCAGCGCGAGGAGUUGUAUUGUGUGGGACGCAUCCACGCCAUCCCAGGGCUGCCACAACUCCCACCGAUCACGCUGACCUCCUCGCCGCUGAUCCCCUCCACCGGACUCACCACCCCUUCGGCCGAACCACAGAACAACCGCCACUGUUCCAACGGGACUACAGGCGCGGUAACGCCUGUUGUUGACCCCGCGGUGCACGAGGCGGCCGGUUCUCCGUGUUUGACCGGCGCUGUCUGCUCACUGCACGAUUACCAGGCACGGCUCUGUGGUGCGGUGUGUGAUGCGCCGGUGGAAGACCGAAGCGGAGGCGGCGGCGCCGGAGUCAGCGACGAGGCGAGUGCGAGCACCGCCGCCACACGCACACCCACUCCCGCUACACCACAGACAGAAGGUACAGACCCGCUGCGCGAAUCGCCCGUCACGCGUGCGUCGCGGUCAACGCGCACGGCGCACGCGAGGACAUCCACGCCGACAUCCUCGCGUGUUCUCGCAUCAUCUACUCUGGGUGUGCAACCGCCCGCGUCUUCGCGAUUUCCGUUCCCAGUUUUCUUCCACAGCGAAGCCACACCGCGCAGCAACGGUGCGCAUUGCACGGGCGAUCGAUGGAGUAAAGAACCUCCGACGCAAAGCAGGUCCUCGUCGACUCGACUCGCGGACCCGGUGACGUCGACAGCACAUCCAAGGUCACGACGAGGUCGACGCAGCUCCUCUCCUCCGCGUCCUUCAGCACCCAUUGCGGAUACGGCUGCGAUCCCUCAGCCUUCCGUACCCCACAUGAUCCCUGCCCACAGCCCCUGCCAUCGCCACUGGAACUGCGUCCCCUCCUCCGACUUCCUCCGUGAGUUCCUUCUCUUCCACCCUCGCAAGGAGAGAAGAGCCGCCACGGCAGCCGCACCGAGAAGUGCAGAGGUUGACGGGGGAGACGGACAGGCCCGUCCGCCCUCUUUUGCAAAAGCUACGCGCUUCUACAGCGAGAAGGCUCCCGCGCUGUCCGCGGAGACACGCGUCCUUCGCGACGACGGCGUGGGCGUCUUACUUGUCCACGAGCAUGAAUGGAUCUUCUUCUCCCUGCUCCUCCACACCUGCUCUGCCGCCGCUGCUGCCGCCGGUAGUGGUCUUGUCACGGCCGCGUUUCACCCGCUGACGUGCGACCGUGACAGAAGCAACGAGGCGUCGGAGAGAGCUGCUGCUGCACGUCCAGACGACGCGGCCCGCAGUGAAAAUCUAUCGCACUACUACUGCUUUCUGAACCCGCCGUGUCGGCUGUCGACGGACGAGCUGGAAAGGAUCGUACGGGCAGGUCCCACCGCGGCGCUCUCGUGUGCUGCGGCGCGACCCGUGACGCCGCCGCGCACGUGGUUGGUGCACCUGAGCACCGAGGUAACGCUGCAGCGAACUGUCGAACGACUUUGGGCGGCAUCGGAUCUACGUGUCAGCGUGGCAGCGGGGGAGACACCGACGCGGGAGUUCGCUACGCGGCAUUCGCACAGCGCCUGUGACGCUGCAGGAGUGAUGGCUACGCUGGAUGACGAGGAUCGCGGUGGCUGUCUCGUGGCGGUGGUGCCUCCGCGCUGCACAGGUGCGAGCCGUGACAACGCUGCGCCAGGUGAUCGUGUUGAGGACGACGGCGCUGACGACAGCGAGGAGGGGGAGUGGGCGGCGGAGACGGACGAGGCCGAAGUCAGCGACGGCCAACUUCGCCAACGCACAUGCGUCAGCACGGCUCUGCAGAAAAAAGCUCUGCGUCGCGCGUGCGAGGUGGAGCUGCUGAGCCGCUACCUGCGACGGACCGCCGCCACGUCUCUGCCUCGCAACACGUGUCCGCCCCACCCGCAUCAGCGGGAGUGUUACACGCCAACGUCUUCGCUGUCCACCACUGACAGCAAGGAGACGCACAGCACGUGUGCGACACCGCCGGAUGUCGCGCCACGUCCGUCGCCCACGAUGAUCGUCUCUCCGUUUCCGCCGUCCACGGCUCUGCUGCGGAACCGAUCGUGGUUUUCGAAGCCGUUUGUACUGGCAGAGGAGGUAAAGUACGGGGUCGUGAUCAAGUACAAGCAGGCAGCGCUGGCGGUGCCGCGUGCGUGUGGCCCCCUGCGCGACCUGUGA